AUGGGUCGCGGCGUAUAUCGACGCCCCGACUCUCUUUCGGGAAAAUGGGGCGCAAUGAGGACGAAGAUUAGCAACUUUAACAACAUACAUACUAAUCUCGUCAACAACAAGAGAAGGAAAAGCGGUUCGAGCGAUGUGGACGUGAUGACCCAAGCCCACUCCGAUUAUAGGGUGUACCAUGGUCAUCACUUUACGCAUGUAAAUGCGUGGGAGCUUCUUCGCAAAUCUCCCAAGUGGCAUCUUGUGCCACCGUUCGACCCAACCCGCCCUCGGUCAAAACGGUCCAAAUCAACAUCCACAACGGAACCAUCCGGGUCCGAUGCUCGUACGACAAUUAAUCUUAACGACGAUGAUGAGGAGUUCGAACAACCAGAGGAGCUGCCUCGACCAAGGGGUCGGGAUAAAAGUAAGGCAGCGGCACGAGGAAAGGGUACUUCAACGUCAUCGGAUGAGCCGUCAAAGUUGGGCGAGUUCCAUACAAGUCUCAACAAAAUGAUCUCGAUCAGGGAAAAGGACCAAGAAAUGAAGAUGCAGAAACUAAUCCAGAAAGACUUGGAUUUUCUAGCGAAAGAUUUUUCACAUCUAACGGAGACGGAUCAACGCAUUAUGGAGGCUCGCAAGAAUCAAAUUAGGGCGAAAUAUAUGUAG